AUGACUACUGUACCCCCACCAACAACACAAAUCCCCACCACCGAGGAACCCACCACUGAAGAACCAACCACCGAUGAACCAACCACCGAGGAGCCCACCACUGCGGAGCCCACCACCGAAAAACCAACCACCGAAGAACCAACCACUGAGGAACCAACCACCGAGGAACCCACCACCGAGGAACCCACCACUGAGGAGCCCACCACCGAGGAACCAACCACCGAAGAACCAACUACCGAGGAACCAACCACCGAGAAGCCCACCACGGAGGAACCAACCACGGCAGAACCAACCACUGAGGAACCAACCACUGAAGAGCCCACUACCGAGGAACCAACCACAGCAGAACCCACUACUGAGGAACCAACCACUGAAGAGCCCACCACCGAGAAACCAACCACAGCAGAACCCACUACUGAGGAGCCAACCACUGAAGAGCCCACCACCGAGGAACCAACCACAGCAAAACCCACUACUGAGGAACCAACACCAGAAGUUAACUGUGAUAUGGACGCUGACGCUGGUCCAUGCUUUGCUUUCCUCCCUCGCUACUUCUUUAAUACAAAGACUGGAAAGUGUGAGAUGUUCACUUACGGUGGCUGUGGUGGAAACGGCAACAACUAUAAGACUCUGCAGGAAUGCACCCAACAAUGCAACCCUAACGGUGGGUUGAUUAAGAUAGUGUACUAACUUGUUUUAAAGAGU